AUGCCUCCUCGGAUACGUUCCUCCAAAUUCGCCUCCUUGCCCCGGCCUUCUCCCAGCCAACCCCAAUGCGCACGACCUCAAACUAUCACACACAACGUGCCAUCAUCGCGUCACUUUUCACAAACACCAUGCCAGCAAGUUACAUUACGGCGGCGGAAAUUCUAUGAGUGGCUCAAUGGCCCGGGGAAGCAGCUGAAGGAGCCCCUUCCCGCGUCCACCAACUACCUUGGAGCGUAUGACAAGUAUGGCAAUUUGGUUCGUGCGGGGCCUGGGUAUCAGCGAGGAGCAGCAAAGCCCCAGGAGGCAGGCGAGACCAAAUUGACGGAGACCACGAACGAAGCCGCGGCGUCAACUGAGGAGACAAAGACACCUGAGGGGCAAGAAUCGCUCGAGGCAUUAGAGGAUGCAGCGCGACAAGAACAGGCCGAAAAGAAGGAUGACGCACAGGACGACUCAGUGCUGCCACCAGAGACGCAAGAAGAUCUCCGCCCAUUUCCCCUGAACCAGUACUUCCGGAGUCAACCUGUCUUGAGCGAAGAUUUACGAGAAGCCAUCUUCCAGCGUGUAAAGCGCGAUGGAGCAACAGUAUCGCUUGCUAGUGUCGAGUUCGGUGUCAGCAACGAGCGUGUCGGCGCCGUCGUACGUCUCAAGCAGAUGGAGAAGGAGUGGAUUGCACAGGGCAAAACCUUGGCCAUGCCCUACUCCAAGGCACUCCUUGAAAUGCUGCCUACAACACCAUACAUCGACACUUCAGAACCCGCAAACAGGGGCAAGAGGCCUAUCGUACACGAGCCCAUCAACGACUUGAUCGUGCACCCUGCGACCCGUCAGCAACUCUGGGUUCCCGUUGCCGAGUCGAGGCACUUCACCCGUGAAGACGCCGGUAAAGCUUUCGACAACAGCCUCCUUCCUGCCGACGAGCGCAUCCCUCACCCCGAGCUGGUGAAGGCUGAACGUGAGCUCGCGUCCGGUUUGAGCUUUGAAGAGCGCCGCAAGCUUGCGGAAGAGCGUUUUGCCGUGGAGACAGCGCAGAAGAAGAGCGAGGAAGAGGCUAAGCAGGCCGAGAUCCGAGCACAGAAGGUGGUCCCGCAAAGGAGAUGGGACUUCGUGUUCAAGGACAUCAGCGUCGAGAGCGCUGGCCGCAAUGGAAGAGACGCGAGGGGUGUUGGUUGGAGAUAUGGUCUCCCCCACCAGGACCGCAAGAAGGGACAGGUCAAGAUUCCCACAAAGGUCGAAGCCUAG